CCUUCUGAACCAACUAGUCCAAACUACCAUCACUUGCCGGACAAGAGAAUUCAAACUACAAUUAAGUAAAAGUGAAUUCAAACAAGCAAACAAAGAUGAGAGCCAGCAACCAGUUGAUCGGUUUAUUGAACUUCUUAACCUUUCUGCUAUCAAUACCAAUCUUGGGCGGCGGGAUAUGGCUGAGCAGCCGCGCCAACAACACCGACUGUCUCAAGUUUUUACAGUGGCCGUUGAUUGUCAUUGGCGUGGCCAUCAUGGUCGUGUCUUUGGCUGGUUUCGCUGGCGCCUGUUACCGCAACACCUUUCUCAUGUGGCUCUAUCUCUUCGUCAUGUUUUUCAUCAUUGCAGCUCUUCUUGGCUUCAUAAUCUUUGCUUUCGUAGUGACUGAUAAGGGUUCAGGUCGGGUCGUCUCGAACCGAAAUUACUUGGAUUAUUAUUUGCAGGAUUAUUCGGGGUGGCUUGAGAAACGAGUGGCUAGUGAUAGCUACUGGGGGAAGAUUAGUUCUUGUAUCAGAGACUCCAAGGUUUGUAGCAAGACGGGAAGAAGUGUUGGUGGAGUUGCAGAGACUCCUGAUAUGUUUUACAUGAGGAAGCUUAGCCCUAUUGAGUCUGGCUGCUGCAAGCCCCCAACAGAGUGCGGCUUUGUGUAUGAGAAUGAGACAACCUGGAACGGGCUGCCGGGGACAAAUCCAGACUGCACGCGGUGGAGCAACGAUCAAGAGCAACUGUGCUAUCAAUGCGACUCUUGCAAAGCUGGUGUUCUGGCCACCCUAAAGAAGAGCUGGAGGAAGGUCUCGGUGAUCAACAUCGUCGUACUGAUAAUCCUGGUUAUCUUUUAUGUGAUUAGCUAUGCAGCUUUUAGGAACAAUCGUCGAAUGGAUAACGAUGAACCCUACGGUGAAGCCAGAAUGACAAAGGCACAACCCAGUAUGAUCCAGCUUUAAAUCGCAUUAUUAGGAUUGGUUAUGUUUUAGACAAGGCGUUGGCAUUUUAAGUUUAAGAUUUGAAAUGUUGUGUUCAUGGUUAUCUUUUUUCUUUUGUCAAUAUAUUCAGAGAAAGAACAAACAUAUAUUAAUGUAUUAAAGAUUAUAGGAAUGAAGAAUGAUUUUCCCUCA